AUACGGCCCCAGCUCAGACCCUGGCAGGUCACCUGUCCUUGGAGGGUACUGAACUACUACCCUGUGCAGGGGAAAAGAUGGGAAGAGAAACGCUGUCAGUGCACAAAUAGCCUUAUGCGAGAUGCGAGGACUUUAUGCAGCAGCAAGCCAUGUCGGAAAGUUCUUCAGGUCUGACUACGAGCAAUCAAAAAUUCUGUACAUCCUAUUCAACCUGCUGCUCCAUCCUCAGUGAUGUACACACUGUUCCACCAGUUUUAUCACCAAGCAGAGGAUUCAUCAGGCAGAGCUGUGACUCAGGGUUAUCUUCCCCACUUCCUUCUGAUCCCUUCAAGUAUCUCAGCUGGUAUGACGUAGAGGAACAUGAUGUUCUAGGAAAUCAGCUUCAUUGUCCCCGAGUGAGAGAAGGGCCUUCUGAAGAAGAGCUAUUUUUCAGAGGAGAAGAACAUACCUUGAAAAAAAGAAAACAAGUAACCGACACAGAGAAGUGGCAAAAGAAACUGCAAGAGAACUGGGAAAACUGUGCUGAGCUGAACCUCUCAUUUCAGGACCUGGGUGAUCUUUACCAGGUAGAAAACUUCAGAAGGAUUCUCCAAAGAUUGAUACGGGUGGAAAAACUUUGGUUGGUGGACAAUUCUUUGACAGACCUAAGUGCCAUACGGUUGCCAAGAUGCAGAGAACUAAAUGUCAAUAAAAACUACUUUACAUCCUUCAGACAGCUGCCAAAGUUACCUCAGAUUCAGCACCUGUCACUGGCUGAAAAUAAUAUUAUGACACUGAGUGGCAUAUCAGACUUGAGACAUACUCCACUUGAAUCCCUUAUACUCAAGAGGAAUCCCUGUGAGUUUCAAGAAAGCUACAGGCAACAUGUAUUCUCCAGUUUGCCAAAUUUGAAAAUACUGGAUGGUGUCCCAAAACUGCCAGAGGACUGUUCACCCCCAGAUACCAGUUUUUUUCCCAGAAUGUGCACUGUGCUCUAGUACUGUAUUUGUGUGCGAUCACAGCUGUGCUAGAAUCACCUUACUUUAAAGAAUCAAUAAAUUCUGUACAUGGAAA